AUGUUACCCAGCCAGGUUGGAUCUGGGUCAGCAUCAGGUAGGGCCACUGCGGGACACGGUGCGGAGGUUGUCAGCGGCGGGAUCCGUCCCGUGUUGAUCCGAGCGGGGCAGCCGUUACCGGGGGAGAGCGGAGGAGCCGCCGGGAUGCUGGGGGCGAACGGACCGGGGGGCUCGAGAGGCGUGAGACCGGGAAACGGGGCCGGGGUGAACCCGCUACACGCCGCCGUCCAGGGCAGCAUGAUGGUGGGGUUGAACGCCGGCGUGGUGCUGCCGCACGGGGCCCGGUUCGACCCGGAGCGGGACUGCGUUCCGCUGUGCAGCGGCUCGGACAACGACUCGGACUCCGGGGACGACGACGACCCGGUGGGUUCGGUCGGGGACAGCCGGAGAGGGGUGAAGCGGGAGCGGGGGGACAUGGAGGCUGCCGCGGCGGGGCAGGAGGCGGGGGUCGCCCCGGGAGGGUACGGCCUGGUGCCCGGAGGAGUCGCCGGGGCGAAGCCGGGGAAGAAGACGCGUGGGCGGGUAAAAAUAAAGAUGGAGUUCAUCGACAACAAGUUGAGACGGUACACCACGUUCAGCAAGAGGAAGACGGGCAUCAUGAAGAAGGCCUAUGAGCUCUCCACGCUGACGGGAACCCAGGUUCUGCUGCUCGUCGCCAGUGAAACGGGUCACGUCUACACCUUCGCCACCCGGAAACUCCAGCCCAUGAUCACGAGCGAAACGGGCAAAGCUCUGAUCCAAACGUGCCUGAACUCGCCCGACUCCCCGCCGCGCACCGACCCCUCCAUGGACCAGCGCAUGAGUGCCACGGGCUUCGAGGAGACGGAUCUCACCUACCAGGUGUCCGAGUCCGAGAGCAUGGGCGACACGAAGGACACCCUGAAGCCGACGUUCACCGUGGCCAGUUUACCAGGCACCACGAGCAGCGCCCCGUCCACGGCGCCCACCACAUCUACUACCAUGCAGGUGAGCAGCGGACCAUCGUUUCCCAUCACCAACUACCUGGCCCCCGUCUCAGCCAACAGCAACGUAAGCGCAAAUGGAACCGUCCUCAAGACCGCCGGCGCCUCCACUGGAGUCAUGCAGCUGCCCGGCGGCUUCACAUUCAUGCCGGGAGCAGGAGUUCCCCAGCAGCUUCAGGCUAUCCAGGUCCAUCCGAACACGCAGUCCGCCUCCAACAGUGACAGCAGCCCGGAGAUCUCCCACACCUCCACCAACUCCACCGCCACCGUGAGUCUCCCAGCAACCAUCGUCACGUCGUCGGUGCCGACGUCGGUGGCGGGUCACAUGAUGUACCCCAGCCCUCACACGGUGAUGUACGCCUCCACGCCGGCGCUGACCGACGGGGGGCUGGCUGUGCUCAACGCCUUCUCCCAGGGAACGUCGGCCAUGCAGGUGUCGCACGCGCACAGCCAGGACGCAGGUGGUGUUCCUCAGGUGUUCCUCACAGCCCCCCCAGGAACGGUGCAGAUCCCCGUCUCGGCGGUGCAGCUACACCCAAUGGUGAUUGGCCAGCAGUCGAGCGGCAGCAGCAGUAACCUGACGGAGCUCCAGGUGGUCAACCUGGACGCCACCCAGAGCUCGAAGAGCGACUGACGGACGGCGGCGGGAGCUGUUGACCACGGCAGACCCAGGGACACACACACACACACACACACAAAUCUAUUUAUUGUGAUGCCUUCCUACAAGAAUAAACCAUCACCUUUCUGAAUGUGAUUUUUUUUACACAUAUAUUCAAUCAAGGGCCUGUUGUGGCAGAACAUGAAGUUUUUGGUAGAUGUAGAUCUGUCACCAUCAUUGGAGCCUGUUUAACGGUGUUAUUUUUGCGUGAGCGUGUAUUUUUCUAAUUUUUAGUAUAUAAUUACACAAACACUGCGAGGUGCCGCAGCUUCACACCAGCCAAAGAGACAUUUGUUUGUCUGAAUGUUCCAGUGUGAGCAAAACGUGCACGAGCACGUGUCUGUGCGUGCACAUAUCUAUUAUUUUUUUAUUUUUGUAAACGAGCAGGGAGAAGCUUCAACGGAAAACACAAAAGACAUUUUGACAAUUGUAAAUAUUUUUUUUGAAAA